AUGAGCGACCCCUGCGCCUUCGGCGACCGCCACUGCACGCUGCCGCCGCCGCAGAAGCUGCCGUGCGUCUGGGUGGGCCCCAAGGACGGCAAGUGGGUCAAGGUCGUCGACGCCGAGGACGUCGACUCAUCGGCGCCCGUGCCCUGCCCGCCGGCGGGCGCGCCCGGCGACCACGACGCGAGUAUCGUCUUCGUCGCCAUCGCCGCCUUCCGCGACUCGCUCUGCGCGACGACGCUCGAGGGCCUGUUCGGGCGGGCCGAGUACCCGGACCGCGUCCGCGUCGCCGUCGUGCAGCAGAACAAGCCCGAGGACGACGACUGCUACGAGGCCUACUGCGCCAAGGCGCGCGCGUCCCGGGGCCUCGGCGACGACGCGCCCUGCCCCUACGGCGACCACAUUUCGGUCAAACGGUUCUCGAGCGACGAGGCGAAAGGGCCGACGUGGGCGCGCGCGCAGGACGCGGACAUGCUGCCCGACGACGCCGAGUUCUGCCUGCGGACGGACAGCCACAUGGCCUUCGCCAACGACUGGGACACGAAGCAGAUCGCCCAGUGGUACGGCGCGCGGAACGAGUACGCGGUCCUUUCGACGUACGUGGCCGACGCGAACCAGAUCAACGAGGACGGCAGCGAGAAGAACAUCAACAACGUCUGGGAGGUGCCCCACCUCUGCUCCAUUUUGUGGCAGGACGGCCACGUGCGCAACAUGCAGGCCAAGGCCGCGCGGCUCUUGGAGAAGCCCAAGCUCACGACGCUGUGGGCCGCGGGGCUCUCGUUUUCCCGGUGCCACGCGGAGCGGGCCGUGCCCUACGACCCGCACACGCCCUACAUCUUCUGGGGCGAGGAGUUCUCGCGGACGGCGCGGUUCUUCACGAAUGGCUACGACAUCUACACGCCCCCGCGGACCAUCGUCGCGCACGACUACAAGCACACCCAGGGCGACCCGUCGCACUUCAAGUGGAACGGCAAGGGCGGCCCGCGCCUGAACCAGAACAAGACCAUCGUGGCCCAGCGCGACGCGGCGAACCGGCGCAUCUGGACGCUGCUGGGCAUGCCGGGCGGCGACCCGGACCCCGCGGCGCGGCGGCGGCUCGGCGCCUACGGUCUCGGCGACAAGCGGUCGCUCGACGACCUCGUCGCCUUCACGGGCAUCAACCUCUACAACCGGACCAUCGGCCCGAACCGCUGCGGCAACAUCGACUGGGUGCCCUGGCGCUGCGGCGCCGCGGCGCCGCCGAAACCGCCGGCCGCGGCCGCCGCGCCGGAGCCGCCCGCGGCGCCGGCCUUCGACGUCGCCGCCUGGCAGCGGUCCUUCGAGGCGCAGCAGGCCGCGGCGGCGGCGCAGCGCGCGGCGCGCGAGGCCGCGCGCGCGACGGACCGGCCGGAGGAGUCCUGGGAGGACCGCCUGCCGGGGGGCGUCGUCGGGGAGCUCGAGCGGGACCUCGUCCGCGCGGAGCGCUUCGUCGAGAGGGAGUUCGUGAGCUUCGAGCAGAUGGCCGCCCAGCGCGCCAUCAAGUCCGUCAUGCACCACAAGCACCCCCGCGGCGCCGACGCGGCGCCGGCGCACACCGCGGACAACGCGCCCAUCCCGCCGACGACCGUGCUCCUCGGCCUCCUCGGCCUCUGGACGGCCGUCAAGGCGCUCAACGUCAUCUUCCGCGGCAAGUCCAAGCGCCAGGCCCUCGGCCUCCCCGUCGCCAAGGUCGUCUGA